AUGUCGUCUCGGCUGCCUGUGGCUUCUGGAUUCUACAACUACAGCCGCUUGGCAAAAAGCACUUCAAGUUACGGCAAGCGCAUGAACCAGCUCAGAGGGCAGCUCUUCACUGAAGUCAUCCGGCGCACAGACAACAACAGCAUGGAAACACUUAAGCGCUUUGCUGCUAAACCUAUUGAUCUUGACCCUGGCAUUGUUCAUUAUUAUGAUUACAUUCGUCACCCAGAGACAGAUGAGCUCAUUGGACUUUUAAGAAAUUAUGGCUUGUUCCGUGAUGAGCAUCAAGACUUUAAUGAAGAAAUGGAACGAUUGAGAGAACUUAGGGGUAAAGGAAGGAAACGAUUCUUUGACAGGCAUGCAGACAAGACUAAGAAAAAGGCUAAGUAA